UCCAGGCUCAGCGGUCACGUGUCCAGCGGGCGGGAAUUUUACCCCAGGAAGAGAUGCAGGAGGCGAUUUUUACCUCAGAUGUUGAAAUUUACGCUGCUUUGAAAGAAAGAAGAUAUGUUUUCAGCAUUGAAAUAUCAUGCAAUAGACUAUUUAUAUGAGAAUGUGGUUAGAAAGAAGUUUUACAGAGAUGCUUUAUUGCUUCGAAUCCCUUCAUGUUUAUAUCAAGAUGAAAGUUACCAUGUAGCAGUUACUGAUAAUAAAUUUAGGAGGCCAUGGACAAGAGUCUCAGCUGUUUCAGUUCCGGGAAUGACAGCUACCUCAGUCUUGGACCAAUGGAAAGCAAGUUUCUUUGUGGAGGAUUUCCUUGAGAAAAAAACAAUUACAAGAAUGGUGACCCAGAUUAAUUGUGAAUUUGAGGAAGUUGUUCCAAGUUCAAAUCCAGACUCCCAAAUUGAAGUAGAGGAGGUCAGUUUAUACACCCACAUGGACUACAAUGAAGUCUUUACCCCUGUCAGUUGUUUAGAAAAAUGUUCAGCACUUCAAAACCAGAACCAAGAUUUAUUUAUUGAUGAUAAAGGAAUACUUUUUGUAAGUAAUAGAAAACACCUACCAACUUUGCCUACUCUCUUGAGUAGAUUAAAACUGUUUUUGGUAAAGGAUCCUCUUUUAGAUUUCAAAGGACAGAUCUACACAGAAGCUAAUUUUUCCAGGGAAUGUUUCUCUCUUCAAGAAACUUUGGAAGCUUUUGUGAAGGAAGAUUUUUGUAUGGAUAAAGCGAACUUUUGUCAAGAGAAACUAGAAGAUACAGUAUGUUUAAAUGAGCCGUCAAGUUUUCUUAUUGAGUAUGAAUUCUUAAUGCGUCCAAGCCUCAAACCAGAAAUUGAUAUUCCAUCACUCUCAGAACUGAAGGAGUUAUUAAACCUAGUGCCAGAAAUAAUAAACUAUGCAGAUGAAAAUGAAAAGCUUUUUGAAAAAGAUCUUACUAACAAGCAUGGAAUUGAGGAUAUCGGGGAUAUAAAAUUCAGCUCCACACAGAUUUUGACCAUUCAAAGCCAGAGUGAACCAGAAGAGUGCAGUAAACCAGGAGAGUUAGAAAUGCCACUAACUCCUCUAUUCCUAACAUGCCAACAUUCUUCAGUGAAUUCAUUACGUACAGAACUUCAGACAUUUCCAUUAUCUCCGGUUUGUAAAAUUAAUUUGCUUACUGCUGAAGAAUCAGCUAAUAAAUACUACAUGAUGUGGCAAUUAGAAAGAUGUAGAAGCCCUUUGAACCCAUUUUUGCUUACAGUGCCAAGAAUUCAAGAGCCCCACAGCCAAUAUUCAGUUACAGAUUUGAAAAAGAUAUUUUCUGUUAAAGAAGAAAGCCUUGUGAUUAAUCCACAAAAGGCAGAGUGGUGGAAACAAGCAGGACUAAAUCUGAAAAUGGUGGAAACAUUGGAACAUCUGAAUACAUAUUUUUGCCAUGAUAAUUUGUCUUCUAAUGACACUAAAAUUGAGAUAUUUUUGCCUACGAAAGUGCUUCAAUUAGAAUCAUGUCUAGAACAUAAAAGUCAUUCUUCACCUAUUGCACUUAUUGAUGAAAAAUCUACAAAUGCUCAUUUAUCACUUCCAAAAAAGAGUCCAUCUCUGGCAAAAGAAGUACCAGAUCUAUGUUUUUCUGAUGACUAUUUCUCUGAUAAAAGAGCAGCAAAAGAAGAAAAACCAAAGAAUGACCAAGAACCAGUAAACAGAAUAAUCCAAAAGAAAGAAAAUAACAAUCACUUUGAACUUGACUGCACAGGACCAUCUAUUAAAUCAACUUCCUCUUCAAUAAUUAAAAAAGCAUCCUUUGAAAAUGGUAAAAAACAAGAGAAUGAUUUGGACCUUUUGAGCGACUUUAUUAUGCUGCGAAAUAAAUAUAAGACUUGCACCUCAAAGACUGAAGUCACAAACAGUGAUGAAAAACUUGUUCAAGAUAAAGAAGCAUGUUCUUUGACACUUCCAGAAGAAAGUCCUAUUGUUCAUAUUAAUAAAACCCUGGAGGAAAUAAAUCAGGAAAGGGGAACAGAUAAUGUCAUUGAAAUUCAAGCAUCAGAUAGUCAGUGCCAAGCAUUUUGCCUCCUCGAAGCAGCAGCUUCUCCUAUCUUAAAAAACCUUGUAUCCUGCUGUACUCUCCCUACUGCUAAUUGGAAAUUUGCCACUGUUAUUUUUGACCAAACAAGGUUUCUCUUAAAGGAACAAGAAAAAGUAGUAAGUGAUGCUGUUCACCAAGGUACAAUUGAUGAAAGAGAAAUGACUUUCAAGCAUGCUGCUGUCUUACAUCUUCUGGUAACAAUUAGAGAUGUCCUUUUAACAUGCAGCUUGGACACAGCACUGGGAUAUUUGUCAAAGGCAAAAGAUAUCUACAACAGCAUUUUAGGCCCCUACUUGGGUGACAUUUGGAGACAGCUGGAGAUUGUACAGUUUAUUAGGGGGAAAAAGCCUGAAACCAACUACAAGAUACAAGAAUUGCAAUGUCAGAUACUAAGUUGGAUGCAAAGUCAACAGCAAAUUAAGGUACUGAUUAUAAUAAGAAUGGACUCAGAUGGUGAAAAACAUUUACUCAUUAAAAUUCUUAACAAAAUAGAAGGUUUAACACUGACUGUCCUUCAUUCAAAUGAAAGAAAAGAUUUUCUGGAAUCUGAAGGUGUUUUAAAGGGUACAAGUUCCUGUGUAGUUGUACAUAAUCAAUAUAUUGGAGCAGAUUUCCCCUGGAGUAAGUUCUCAUUUGUGGUGGAAUACAAUUAUGUGGAAGACUCUUGUUGGACUAAACACUGCAAAGAGUUGAAUAUUCCUUACACGGCCUUUAAAGUGAUUCUUCCAGACACAGUUUUAGAAAGAAGCACCUUCCUGGAUAGAUUUGGAGGUUUUCUUUUGGAAAUUCAGAUUCCAUAUGUGUUUUUUGCAUCUGAAGGACUUCUUAAUACUCCAGACAUACUUCAGCUGCUGGAAUCCAACUAUAACAUCUCACUAGUAGAGAGAGGCUGCAGUGAGUCAUUGAAACUCUUUGGAAGUUCAGAGCGUUAUGCAGUGGUGACAAUUGAUGAACACACUGCUGUAAUUUUGCAGGAUCUAGAAGAAUUGAAUUGUGAGAAGGCAUCAGACAAUAUCAUUAUGAGGCUGAUGGCAUUAUCAUUACAGUACAGAUAUUGUUGGAUAAUUUUAUAUACCAAAGAAACAUUAAAUUCAGAGUAUCCGCUUACAGAAAAGACACUUCAUCACCUAGCACUGAUUUAUGCAGCUUUGGUUUCAUUUGGGUUAAACUCUGAAGAACUGGAUGUAAAGCUUAUAAUUGCCCCAGGAGUAGAAGCAACUGCCUUGAUAAUUCGACAAAUUGCUGACCACAAUUUAAUGACCUCAAAGAGAGAUCCUCAUGAAUGGUUGGAUAAAUCCUGGCUUAAAGUUUCACCAUCGGAGGAAGAAAUGUACUUACUUGAUUUUCCAUGUAUUAACCCAUUGGUGGCUCAGCUCAUGCUAAAUAAAGGACCUUCACUGCAUUGGAUAUUAUUAGCAACUCUGUGUCAACUUCAGGAACUCCUACCUGAAGUCCCAGAAAAAGUGUUAAAGCAUUUUUGUAGCAUCACUUCCCUAUUCAAGAUUAGUUCUUCUUCCAUAACAAAAUCACCGCAAAUUUCAUCACCUCAGGAAAAUAGGAAUCAGAUUAGUACCUUGUCUUCUCAGAGUUCAGCUUCUGAUUUAGACUCUGUCAUUCAAGAACAUAAUGAAUAUUAUCAGUAUUUAGGAUUAGGAGAGACAGUGCAGGAAGACAAAACCACCACUUCGAAUGACAACUCUUCCAUUAUGGAACUAAAAGAAAUCUCAAGUUUUUUACCACCUGUGACUUCAUACAAUCAGAUCAGCUACUGGAAAGACUCCAGCUGUAAACCUAAUAUAGGGCAGAAUACUCCUUUUCUAAUUAAUAUAGAAUCAAGGAGACCGGCUUAUAACUCCUUUCUAAACCACAGUGAUUCAGAGUCAGAUGUCUUUUCUUUGGGUCUAACACAAAUGAACUGUGAAACUAUAAAAUCACCAAUUGACACUCAGAAGAGAGUGUCAGUUGUCCCCCGUUUUAUAAAUUCUCAGAAAAGGAGAACACAUGAAGCAAAAGGUUUCAUAAAUAAAGAAGUAUCAGACCCUAUCUUUUCACUAGAGGGCACUCAAUCUCCUCUUCAUUGGAACUUUAAGAAAAAUAUAUGGGAACAAGAGAAUCACCCGUUCAACUUACAAUAUGGUGCAGAGCAGACUACAUGUAACAAAUUGUACUCUCAGAAAGGUAAUUUAUUCACUGAUCAGCAAAAAUGUCUAUCAGAUGAGUCUGAAGGCCUCACAUGUGAAAGUUCAAAUGAUGAGACUUUCUGGAGAGAAUUACCAUCUGUCCCCAGUUUGGAUUUAUUUCAUGCUUCUGAUUCUAAUGCAAAUCAAAAAGAAUUCAACAGCUUUUAUUUCUACCAAAGAGCUGGAAAAAGUUUAGGACAGAAAAGGCACCCUGAAUCUUCAUUUAACUCAGGAGACAAGGAAUCAUUAACAGGUUUUAUGUACUCACAACUACCACAAUUCAAAAAACGACGUCUAGCAUAUGAAAAAGUCCCUGGUAGAGUUGAUGGGCAGACUCGGCUGAAGUUUUUUUGAAGGAGGAGAAGAGCAAUGUUACAUGCCAUAUUCCACUGUUUUUGAUGCUAACCCACUAGCACAAUUAUUUAGAUUUGCUCAUACACUAAAGAAAACACAAUUGUUCAUAUAUGUCUCAGUAUUUCUGUAUUAAAUAUUCAUAAUAUGUA